GCCUAUGGAUGGAUGCAUGCAGGGGAACAGGCUCGAAGUUAUUUAUUCAAAGUUAUUAAGUUUUUUAUUGAAUCUAAAGCAUACAUGACUGGAUUGAUCAUCCCUAAAAGGGUAGCUGUACCUUGAUGGGAGUGGAGCCGGGCUGCAAACGGGGAGGAAGUCUGCAGAUUCGGCAUACAUGAUGGACUGGAACUACUCACGUGCUCUGCUCUCUGGGGAGCAGCUCAUCUUUGCCAUCACCAUACCACUGUCGACCGCCAUCAUCUUGGCCAACCUCGUCAUCAUCUUGGGCAUCGCCUGGAACCGCCAGCUCCACAACACAACCAACUACUUCUUCUUCAGCCUGUUAGUGGCAGAUCUGUGCACCGGCGUGGCGCUGCCGUUCAUACCAUUAAUGGGUCUGAACCGGGCGUUGAGUUUUAGCUCCUGCCUGGUGGCUCACGUUUUCCCAAACUUCCUCUUCCUGGCGUUCCUUUUCAACCUGGUAAUGGUCCACUAUGAGCGCUACAUUUGCAUCGUCGACCCCCUGUGCUACAACAACCUGUGGAUGCAUCGCAGAUUCCCUCUGGCGUGUCUCGUGGUUUGGGCGCCGCCACUUCUGUACGCAUCCCUACCUGCUUUCGGUUGGAAUAACUGGACAGGGCCGGAUUGGAACGGCUGUUGUGCAAGUAGCCCAAACACAACGCUUCUUUCAAACUGUUCAACGAACAAAACCACGUGCUGCUCGUACAGGCGAGUAUUCCCCAACGCCUUUAUCUACUUGGAGGUGUAUGGGCUCGUCUUACCUGCUAUUCUUACCAUCGCUGGCAUGACUGGCCGCGUUUUAUGGAUCACCCGAGGCCAGCUGAAAGACAUUUGUCGCCUUCAUCGAUCGGUGGAGCGGGGAAGUCAGGCCUCGGACCGAGAGCAGAGGCUGAACAUGCGGUACACUCGCUGCGUGGUGGCGGUGUCGCUGACGUUUCUCGCAUGCUGGGUACCCUACCUCAUUUACAUGCACGCCUGCAUAGCGUUCUUGAUCAGCGACACCAAGUGGAGCUCCACUACUCACAUCGUGCUGUCAUGCACUGGCAUUGGAAGCAUGGCUGUGGUGCCGCUGGUGCUCGGCCUAGCUAACAGGCAGUACACAGAACCGGCAUUCAAACUUCUCCAGAAACUCCGAGACAGAUGGAGGCGAAGGACGCAGGGAUCAGAGGAGGCGCCAGUCUGAGAAAAUAACGACGAAUAUUUAUGAAGGUUAAUUUGGAAGAAAUCAUGAUGCUCACUUUGAUGCCCACAGUAAAUUGACCAAGGCCAUUGCAGUGAUUCUUUCACAAUUUAGUUAUCAAUGUUACUUUAAAAAAAAAAGUCCAUGCAUUGUUUUACACUGGGUUUGCAAUGAUCAUUUCUGUAUGUAGCUUCCCAUUUCUGAUGGUUUUCCAUGACAUUUUCAUAAUUCAGCGGACAAUAUUACUGUAUAAGGAGAUAGAAUUGAAAAGAUGAAGGAAAGUUAGUACGUGUAGUGACGACAUUAAAACCAACCAUCGUCUCAAACAAGCACCAUUCGUGCUAACGUCAGUGUGCUAACUUGUUCACAAUGCUAACAUGCUGAUAUUUCGCUUGUAUAAUAAUACCUAUAAUGUUAAUUGUCAUUUUGAGAACAUUAGGAAGAAAGGUUAUAUAAAGUACCCUCGUAUCAGUGUUGUACAUCCUUUAAAUAUAACUCAAAGACAUGUACAGUAUAUCCUCACUUCUCUUUGUGCUGCCUGCUCUGGAUAUCGUAACAGAUUGUCCCCCAUCUGUCACCCACCUCCCCUGAAAUGUUUACUCCUACUUCCCUCACUAGUGUUUAUCUAUAUGCUAGUAUGCAAGCUGAAGAGGGGAGAGGGAUGCACCCCCCCUGAUUCAUCUACGAGACAUUAGUGCUUCAGCAAGAACAUGCAGGAAAGAACUAUGAAGGGAAAAACAUGUGUGCAUGUUAGUUUCUUCCAUAUUUAGAUAAACUGUUUCAGGAAGGUUAAAUACUGUAAAAGCAGGCUUCGGAGAAACAUCUGCUGCUUCCAAAUAACUGUAUUUGAAGACUCAAAGAUGUAUUUGUUGUAAAGUUCCACUCAA